AUGUCUGAGCACAUCACCGCCCACACAGAGCCCUCGGUGGCCUCGUCGGGCGCCGGCUCGGGCCCCGCAUCGGACUCAGGCUCCUCGAGCGCCGGUGCGGCCGAAAAGGGCUCCGCCAACGUCCGCCCGCUGCCCGACCACAACGACCACAGCAUCCUCGAGAGCCACCUCUUCCCCGCCGACUCGUACACCCAAGACACUCACACCUACUGGGCCGACCUGCCCUUUGGCGAAAAGACGCGCUGGAUCAACCGCCAGUCCAACGCCGAGGCCGCCCGCGAGCUCGGCGUCAUCGGACGCAUGUUCAAGGAGGACCCGCUGUCGCCCAUCCGCGCCUACUUCAACAACUAUGUCAUCACCGGCCUCGGCCUCUUUGUCGAGGGCUUCACCCUCUUCUCGGUCGGCAACCUCACCCCGCUGUUCAAGGCGACCUACCCGGCGUGCUGGAAGACGCACGAGGUGUGCAACGAGCAGUGGAUCCACGCCGUCGACUACCUCGAGAUUGUCGGCAUCAUUGUCGGCCAGAUCCUCGUCGGCAUCGAGGGCGACUGGAUCGGCCGCAAGUUUGGCAUGGUCCAGGACGCCCUCAUCAUGACCCUCGGCUCCGUCAUGCUCACCGCCAUGUGGGGCACCACCCUCAACGGCUGGGUCAUCUGCUACGCCUGGUCCCUCUUCGUAUACGGCAUCGGCGUGGGCGGAGAGUACCCGAUGACGUCGACGCGGGCCAUGGAGGGCACGGGCAGCGGGCGGGCGGCGACGACGGGCGACCGGAUGCACCGCGGCCGCAACGUCCAGCUGGCGUUCCUGAUGCAGGGCUGGGGCCAGCUGGCCAACCAGGGCAUCCUCAUCAUCGGCCUCCUCAUCUUCCACGGCUCCAUCAACCCGCCCUACACGACGACGUCGACCCAGUGGACGUUCCGCGUCCAGUUCGCCAUCAUCGCCGCCUUUACCCUCUACCUCGCCUACAUCCGCUACUACCGCAUGAAGUACACCGACGUCGCGCUCCAGAACGCCAAGAAGCGCCUGCACACGUCGGGCUACGACGUCAAGUCGCUCAAGCUGGCCAUGGGGCACUACUGGCACCGCAUCCUGGGCACCGCAGGCGGCUGGUUCGCGAAUGACUUCUUUUUUUACGGAAACAAGAUCUUUUCGGGCGUCUUCAUUGGCAUCAUCACGGGCGGCAACGCCUCGCUGGGCACGACGUGGCUCUACAACCUGAUCAACGUCGGCGUCUCGCUGGUGGGCUACUACAUGGCGGCCAUCUUCAUGGACCACAAGCAGUACGGGCGCAAGUGGAUGCAGGCCAACGGCUUCGUGGCCGACUUUAUCCUCUUCAUUGUGGCGGCGGCCAUGUACAACACGCUCACCGUACCCGGCAGCGGCAUCCGCGGCUUCCAGGCCAUCUACUUCCUGUCGUCGUUCUGGAACCAGUUUGGCCCCAACGCCACGAGCUUCCUGCUGGCGGCCGAGGUGUACCCGGCCUCGAUCCGCGCCACGGCCCACGGCUUUUCGGCCGCCGUGGGCAAGCUGGGCGCGCUGGCGCCGGCGAUCCUCUACAACUACAUCGACAACCACACCAAGUUCUGGGUCGUGUGCUGGUUUGGCCUUGGCGGCUGGAUCAUCACGAUGGUCUUUGUGCCGGACACGACGGGCCUGGACCUGCGCGAGCAGGAGCGGUACUGGGAGUUUGUCCUGACGGGCCGCGAGUCCGAGUACCACGGCAUCGCCAUCCACCCGCGCCACCUGUCGCUGUGGGAGCGCGUGGUGCUCAAGCGCCACCGGUACUAUGACCCGGAGCUGGACAAGGAGCAGCGCAUCGCCGAGAUGCAAGUCAUCUACGAGGCGACCAAGGAGGCGCGCGCCGAGAAGACGCUCGAGGACAGCCUGGCCGCCGAGGAAGGCCUCGAGGCCGACCUGCACGGCUACUUUAGCAGCCAGCAGGCGGCCAAGAAGCUCCAGGACCCGACGGAUACGGGCGCGCACCACCCGUCGAAGUUGGCCGCGAUUGAAAAGAGCCUCUGA